GGUAGUAACAAAAUAAAAUUUUAAAAAAAUGUUUUCUUCUUCUUCAUCAUCAUCAACAAAUCCAUCUCUCCGGGUAAAAAUUCCGGUGACCGGAGAAGGAAAAUUGACGAUAAAUGUGAAAUCUCCGACGUCGGAGAUGUAUACAGAGGUUAAAGAAGCAGAUAAAGUGAAAGAUUUGGAGAAAUUGAUUAAAAAAGCAUGGGGAGAUAAUGAUAAUUAUAUAUCACUUUAUUAUAAAUCAAUUAAAAUGGAAAGUGAUCAUUUAUUAUCUUUUUAUAAUUUGAGAGAUGGCUCUAUUAUUACUGUAUCUCUUCUUGCUGAACCUCCUCAUCGUUAUCGUUAUCGUCAUCAUCAUCAAUCGAAAUCUUCAUGUGAAACCAAAAAAAAUGCCAAAUUUCAAGAGGAAACAAGCAGCCGCUCCAAUGGUGAAAUUAAUGGUUGUGAAAGCUUUUUAUUUCAUAUGGCAAAGAUGUCAUCUCAAUUUUGCUCUUCCAUAUUUUCAACCCAUUAAUUAAUGGAUCUGGGAGAAGCGGAAGGAGUUAGAAGUAUGAAUCGUCCUUUAUUCUAAGAUAUAGUCGAUUUUAAUAUUAAAAUCGUCAAGAAAAUCAAACUAAUAUGUUAUUAUUAUCGACAUUAAUUAACUAAACAUCCUAAGAUUUUAAGUGAGCUUUUUUCUAGUUU